AGGACAGAAGUGCCUGGCGUGCUCUGGUCCAUGGGGUCACGAAGAGUCGGACAUGACUAAACGACUAAACAACAACAACAAGCAAAAGCCUGUGCAAAUCUUAUUCAAAUGCAUCUCAACAUCCAUGAGGACUGGACACUACAGUAAUACUGCUAAGCAUACCUGUAGUAGCAAUUUAGAACAUCCUUCCACAACCUGUCACCCUCCAGCUAUUUUGAGCCACAAGUCCCAGCAUGGCUGAUGGUCAGGGAUUUGUAGUCCAUCUGGAGGACGCCAUGUUUGGGAAGAAUGGUUUAGAGCAGUAGUCUCCAGUCUUUUCAGACCCUGGCCCUGCUUUUAACCUAAACAUGCAUUUCUUAAUCUUUUACUGGAUAUUUGCAUAGUGGGUCCUGGCCCACCAGCUGAAGACCAGUAACUUUAAGCAUUAUGCACACAUCAAUUCUAUCAUCCUUGCAACAACCACAUAGGUAGAUUAGUUCUGUUAUCUAGGGGGGGGGCUUGAUUUGAAUAAAGGCAAUUUAAAUAAAUCAGUUUAUAUCAUUGAGGGGAGAAAAGACUAAUCUCACUCAUUUAUUCAAAUCAAAUUUCCCAUUGUGAAAUUAAUAUGAACAUGUGUACAUACUUAUUGGUUGCUAUAACAGUCGAAACAUUUGUUUCGAGCUGCUUUGAACUCUUGCACAAUCUAGGACUAUUACCAAACCCUUUGCUCGCGUAGCCUAUGUGAUUUUUGCACGGCACAAUUGUUUUUGUGGCAGUAUGACAGAGGCAUCGUUUCUGGUGAUGUGCACCCUAAUCUCUCUUGUUCUGCUGUGGUCAAUCGAGGUGUGUUGGUUUCUGAAGCACUACAGAAACCUAUUUGGCCUGAGAGUGAUGGGGAACCCCUGGUCCGCAAUAUGUUGUUGGGCUUCCCUAGCUCUAAGAACUAGGCAGCCUCCAACCUAUUUUAACUUUAAUUCUGGACACACAGAUAAAGAAGACGAAUUAAAACACAGAAGUUCUGAACGUCUCUUCAGAAAAGUGUGUGAAUGUCAACAUUGGAGACAUUUUAAAAAUCUACGGCUGGGUUGAGAAACUUUGACAGCCCUCCACAUACUGUUGGACUCAACUCCCAACAGCUGCAGCUAGCAUGGCCAAUAAUCAGCGGUGAUAGUGAAGGAGGGAUCGAACAAGAUAUAUUCUUAAACCCCAAGUGCAGAAAAGUAAUUAACUAAGUUUGUUUGUUUGUUUGUUUGUCUGCAAAUGUGCUCAAGGCUGGAAACAAAGGAAGAUUUUCUUUCCUUCUUUCUGACUGCAUUCACCCUGUUAGCAAGUUCAAGAGAAGUUCAGUCCAUCCAGACAAACAGGACAGGAGAGCAGCAUUCUGCUUUAGAGUGGGGGCAUUGUCUGCUGAAGGAGGAGAUAAGUGAAGGGAAGGUGUUUCGAUGACUCAAGAGUUACGCCAAACACGGAUUCACUAAUAUAAUAGACACAUCAGCAUCAAGUAAGCAAAAUGGAUGAAGAAGGCAUCAGAAAACGAAGUUCAAAUCAAGAACCUGAUGAAACGCCCAUCACGAAAAGCAAAUCUAUGAAACUACAGAAAGAGGUGGGCCUGCUCAGUGGAAUCGGUCUCAUUGUUGGAACAGUGAUUGGUUCAGGAAUCUUUGUUUCUCCAAAAGCCGUUCUGGCUAACGUUGGAGCUGUUGGGCCCUGCUUAGUCAUCUGGGCAGCCUGUGGAGUGCUUGCUACGUUAGGGGCAUUUUGUUUUGCCGAACUUGGAACAAUGAUAACAAAAUCAGGAGGAGACUAUUCUUACCUCAUGGAAGCCUUUGGCCCAAUCCCUGCAUAUUUGUUUUCCUGGGCAAGUCUCAUGGUCACCAUGCCCAGUUCCUUUGCCAUCAUUUGCCUCAGCUUUGCUGAGUACACAGCAGCUCCGUUUUAUCCGGGUUGUGACCCCCCCACGAUUGUCAUCAAGUGUCUGGCAGCAGCAGCCCUCUGUGAGUAUUUGGCUUUUGAUCAGGAAGACAAAGGUAGCUGGAAGGUUACAAUUACUCUGGUGAAUGCCCUGAGUGUGAAGUGGGCGAGCUACAUACAGAACUUUUUCGCUGCGGCUAAAAUGGUGAUUGUCAUAAUUAUCAUUGUAAGUGGGAUUGUUCUUCUAGCCCAAGGAAAUACAAAGAACUUCAACAAUUCGUUUGAUGGUCCCCCGCUUUCUGUGGGUACCAUUAGUCUUGCAUUUUAUAAUGGACUCUGGGCCUAUAGUGGAUGGAAUCAACUUAAUUAUAUCACAGAGGAACUUAAAAAUCCUAAUAGAAAUCUACCACUCUGUAUUGGUAUUGGAAUCCCUCUGGUCACAGUUUGUUAUGUUCUGAUCAAUAUAUCCUAUUUCACGGUUAUGACGUCAACAGAACUUCUGCAGUCUCCAGCUGUCGCUGUGACAUAUGGAGAUAGGGUUCUUUAUCCUGCUUCCUGGAUAGUCCCUCUCUUUGUGGCUUUUUCUGCCAUCGGGUCAGCCAAUGGGACUUGCUUUACUGCUAGCAGGCUUCCUUACGUAGCCGGCCGUGAAGGACACGUGUUAAAGGUGCUCUCUUACAUCAACAUCAAGCGCUUAACUCCAGUGCCUGCUAUUAUCUUUUAUGGUGCAAUAGCUAUGCUUUACAUAAUUCCCGGAGACAUCAACACCCUCAUCAACUACUUUAGCUUUACGGUUUGGAUAUUCUAUGGUCUAACUGUGCUGGGACUCAUUGUCAUGCGCUUUACAAGAAAAGAUCUUGAAAGGCCUAUCCGUGUCCCUCUUAUCAUCCCCAUCCUUGUGCUGUUUGUUUCCAUUGUGCUGGUCCUGGCACCCAUCAUCACUGCACCCGAGCUGCCAUAUCUGUAUUGCGUUCUGUUUAUUAUCAGUGGACUUGUCUUUUAUGUACUUUUCAUCCACUUCAAAUUCAGCUGGGCUCAAAAAAUCUCAAAGCCCAUCACUAUGCACCUUCAGAUGCUUCUGGAAGUAGUUCCACCAGAAGACGUUCCUGAAUAACAUUGAAUUUUUCCAUCAUUAAAAAGGCUAGAUCCUGGAAAUGGUUCAGCAGGUAUGAUACAUCAUGUCCACAACUAUAGGUCUCAAUGCUGAGGAUAGGAGACAUUUGUGAGACAGUAAAUGUCCUGAAAAAGACACUGUUCUGUUCUUUCCCCCUGUAAAAUGCAUUCAUUUUUGUAACACAUUGAAUUCAGGGAUUUGUAACAUCUUAAGAAAAUAUCUGAAUGGGGGAAAGACCUGAGGAUUUGUAGGCCAUGGACUUGAUUUCAGGUAUGGAAUUUCCACAUUAUUUUCUCAGCAAGCUGAAAGGACAGAACAUACAGUAUUACAGUGCCAUCUACCAGCAAACAAACAUGGAAGCGCAAAGAUGAAAUCUCACAUAUUAAAUGUCUUACAGAUUUAUAAAGAGCAGAAACCCAAAUGAAAUAACAGGAAAAUAUAUGAGAGGGAGAAAGACAUGUGAUCCAAACUAUGGUUACCAGACGUCCCCGGCUCCACCAAUCUGUCCCCGGGCAGAAUUCGCCCCUGGAAUGUCCCCGGAUUUAAUGUAAUGUCCCCGGAUUAAUCAUAUGCCUGGGGACUUCCGGUGAUGGAACAUGGUGGGCGCAUGCAGGCUCAGCGGCAGCCUCAGCAAAACCCCGCUACACCCUGGCUUGCAAGGAGACCCUCCCCAGAGCCCGAAGCAGUCAUCUGGUACAACUCCCUCCUCGGGAGCCUGAAGUGCAGUGGGGCUUUGCUGCAACUCUCCCGCCUAACAGCUGACGCAGGAAUCCUCCCUCUCUGUCAGCUCUGCAAACAGCCCUGCUCCUCCUGCUUGCUUGCUUGCUUGCUUGCUUGCUUGAGCUGGGUCUCUCCUGCUUGCUCAAGAGGAAGAAGCACUUUUUCAUGCCUUUAAAGCCCCCUUUGCUGCAUUCUGCCUGCUUGUGAGCUGAGCUACCAAGCCGGCAGAAAGCAGGAUGCUGCCUUGAGCCUUCCCUGAUAGAGGUUGUUGCUUCAAAGUUAGGCUGGAUCCAAGAAGCUACAUCUUUGAUCUGGCUACCACCAUUCCUCUUAUCAUUGGUUUGGGGUCAGGGUUCCACAAUAUGUUGGUUUGGGAUGUGCAAGCUAGGUUUUCCAUGCUGUGCUCAGCUGUUGUCUCAUUACUGAGACAGUGGAAAUAAUCCCAAAGGGGUCAAAGUCAGGACUCAUAUACUGAGCAGGUGGUGAUCUUGGAACAGACAUGUUUGUUGCUUUUCAAAAUUACUUUUGUGAAAGAUUUGCAGGAAAACCAAAGAUGUAGCAUUUUAUACUGCUGCAAACAUGGGAUGAGCUGCUGGUAAAUGGAACACUAGACGUUCUUUCCCUACCUUCCUCUGGCCUUCUCUAGAUUCCUUGUGCACUCUGAAAAGUCAAAGUUCCAGCAUUACUAUUUUGUGACUUGUUGCAAAUGCCUUUGGUAUAUUUUUAUUAUAUUUUCUAUUUAAUUAAUAAAUAGUGUCUAAAAACUCCAGAGACAUAAA